AGCCUGUAAGGCCCACUAGUGUUGGGCUUUGCUAGUCUUCUCUUCACUCUACCAAAGACGAGAGAGAGAGAGAGAGGGAGAGAGAGGUUUAGGAGGCAGGAGAAAGGAGUGGCGGCGCCGGAGAAGGAGGUGGGGUUUUGAUUUGAUUGGUUAAUAAUAUGUGGUUGAACAGUGUUGGAGCUAGAUUCAAUGGCAGUGCCGGUGGUGCUGUCAGUUCUUUCGUCAGAUAUUUCUCGAGAAAACGCGCCGAGAAUGUGAGAAAAAUCAAUCCGAAGGUGAGUCCUCAAGAGGCUUCUUCCAUUGCUCGCAAUCUAUACGAUGUCAUCAAGGAACAUGGUCCACUCACCAUCCCCAACGCUUGGGUUCACGCCAAGGACUCUGGUGUUGGUGGAAUUAAUAGCAAAACACACAUGAAGCUGCUCCUGAAAUGGAUGAGGGGAAGAAAAAUGCUGAAGCUGUGGAGCACUGGAGUUGGCUCAAGCAAGAAAUUCUUGCUCUCUACUUUGCCUGAAGAUCCAAAAGUUACGCAAAUAAGGAGCGAUAUGGAAGUUAAAAUCCAACACAAGAAGCCUUCUUCGAGUAAAGGGAAAAAGAAAACCAGAUGAAAAAUUUUAAUCUGGGACUGCUUGCUGCUUUGAUUCUACAAUCUUAGGACAUGGAUGAAGUAAUCAAUUUUAGCUGAUACAUAUUAUAUGGACUGUUGAAGAUUAUUUGUUGAUUGUGAUGUUAAGUUCAGUACUAUAUCAAUAUGAUGAGCCAAAGACUUUGGAUCAUCAAAAUAAUUUGUUGUUUUAGAUUCCAACAUAUAACUGGAGAUUCAAGUUUUUGUUUGUCAA